AUGGUGCAUUACAACUUUCUCUCGCUGAUUAUAUUUGCAUGCUUCUUCGCUGUUUUUGUUCUUCUUGUUCGUGCUCAAGACCAAUCAGGUUUUGUCAGUAUAGAUUGUGGUAUACCUGAGGAUUCAAGCUAUAAUGAUGAAACAACAGACAUAAAGUAUGUUUCAGAUGCUGCGUUUGUUGAGUCUGGGACAAUUCAUAGCAUAGAUCCUGAGUUUCAAACAAGUUCUCUUGAGAAGCAGUUUCAAAACGUUAGGAGCUUCCCUGAAGGCAACAGAAACUGUUACGAUGUGAAGCCUCCGCAGGGAAAAGGCUUCAAGUAUUUGAUAAGAACCCGUUUCAUGUAUGGUAACUACGAUAAUCUAGGGAAAGCACCGGACUUCGAUCUUUAUCUUGGGUUCAAUAUUUGGGAUUCUGUUACAAUAGAUAACGCAACUACGAUAGUUACCAAAGAGAUCAUCCACACUCUUCGCUCAGACCAUGUUCAUGUGUGUCUUGUUGAUAAAAACAGAGGAACUCCGUUCCUGUCUGCGUUAGAAAUCAGGCUCCUGAAGAGUAAUACAUACGAGACUCCUUAUGAUUCACUUAUUCUGUUUAAAAGAUGGGAUCUUGGGGGACUCGGUGCUCUUCCCGUCAGGUACAAAGAUGAUGUUUUUGACCGGAUAUGGAUACCUCUAAGGUUUCCAAAGUAUACCAUCUUCAAUGCAUCGCUCACAAUAGAUUCGAAUAACAACGAGGGAUUCCAACCCGCUCGCUUUGUUAUGAACACUGCAACUUCACCUGAGGAUUUAAGCCAAGACAUAAUCUUUUCUUGGGAACCAAAGGAUCCUACUUGGAAGUAUUUUGUGUAUAUGCACUUUGCAGAAGUUGUGGAGCUGCCAAGUAAUGAGACAAGAGAAUUUAAGGUGUUAUUAAACGAAAAGGAAAUCAACAUGAGCUCCUUUAGCCCGCGAUACUUGUAUACAGACACGCUUUUUGUUCAGAACCCCGUGAGCGGACCAAAACUCGAGUUUCGUCUUCAACAAACUCCUAGAUCUACCCUUCCACCCAUCAUUAACGCCAUUGAAACAUAUCGUGUCAACGAGUUUCUACAGUCACCUACUGAUCAACAAGAUGUUGAUGCAAUUAUGAGAAUCAAGUCCAAGUAUGGAGUGAAGAAGAGCUGGCUUGGGGACCCUUGUGCUCCAGUAAAAUACCCUUGGAAGGAUAUUAACUGCAGCUAUGUCGAUAAUGAGUCUCCCAGAAUUAUUUCUGUAAAUUUAUCCUCGAGUGGCUUGACUGGAGAGAUUGAUGCAGCGUUCUCAAACCUUACAUUGUUACAUAUAUUAGACUUAUCAAACAACAGUUUAACAGGAAAAAUACCUGAUUUCCUCGGUAAUCUACAUAAUUUGACAGAGUUAAACUUGGAAGGAAACAAGUUAUCGGGUGCUAUUCCGGUUAAACUAUUGGAGAGAUCAAACAAAAAACUGAUUUUGCUAAGAAUUGAUGGGAAUCCGGACCUCUGCGUGUCUGCUUCAUGUCAAAUUUCGGAUGAGAAGACAAAAAAGAAUGUAUACAUCAUUCCAUUAGUAGCAUCUGUCGUGGGAGUGCUAGGUCUUGUACUAGCUAUAGCUUUGUUUUUGUUGUACAAGAAGCGACACAGAAGAGGCGGCUCUGGUGGUGUCAGGGCUGGGCCAUUGGAUACAACUAAGCGAUACUACAAAUACUCGGAAGUUGUGAAAGUUACAAACAACUUUGAGAGAGUUCUUGGACAAGGAGGUUUUGGAAAAGUAUAUCAUGGUGUCUUAAAUGAUGACCAAGUCGCUGUCAAGAUUCUGUCUGAAUCAUCAGCUCAAGGUUACAAAGAGUUCAGAGCAGAGGUUGAACUUCUCCUGAGAGUCCAUCACAAGAACCUAACCGCUCUUAUCGGAUACUGCCACGAAGGCAAGAAGAUGGCGCUUAUCUAUGAGUUUAUGGCUAAUGGAACCUUAGGAGAUUACUUGUCAGGGGAAAAAUCUUAUGUCUUGAGCUGGGAAGAGAGGUUACAAAUAUCACUAGACGCGGCACAAGGGCUUGAGUAUCUUCACAAUGGCUGCAAGCCUCCCAUUGUACAAAGAGAUGUGAAGCCGGCUAAUAUUCUAAUCAACGAGAAGCUCCAGGCCAAGAUUGCUGACUUUGGAUUAUCUAGAAGUGUCGCACUAGACGGUAAUAACCAGGAUACAACCGCUGUUGCUGGAACCAUCGGUUAUCUCGAUCCCGAGUACCAUUUGACGCAAAAAUUAAGCGAGAAGAGUGAUAUUUACAGCUUCGGGGUGGUUCUUUUAGAGGUUGUCUCAGGCCAACCGGUGAUUGCACGUUCAAGAACAACAGCAGAGAACAUACACAUAACUGACCGGGUCGACUUAAUGCUGUCGACAGGAGAUAUCAGAGGCAUUGUGGAUCCAAAGCUAGGAGAGAGGUUUGAUGCUGGUUCGGCAUGGAAGAUCACUGAAGUAGCAAUGGCUUGUGCAUCUUCUAGUUCUAAGAAUAGACCGACGAUGAGUCAUGUAGUGGCUGAGCUAAAGGAGAGUGUAAGCAGAGCAAGAGCCGGUGGUGGUUCUGGCGCCAGUAGUGUCACGGAUCCAGCUAUGACGAAUUUUGAUUCGGGAAUGUUUCCUCAAGCAAGGUAA